AUGAUGUUGUUGCCCAGCCGUUUGUUGUACUUAUUGGCUUUGCUUCUGAACGUUUUGUGUGCGUGUGCUGUGACUGGUGAGCUUGAAGUCAAACGUUGCGAUGGUGGUAAUUCUGAGUGUCUUCCUCCUGCACCAUUUCAACAAGGUUCCCAUGGUUCCGGUGAACUUCCUGAAUCUACUGAUGAUGUUCAUUCUCUUAAUCCUGCACUAGAAAUACCGGUUCCUGUUCCAUCUGGUCCUGAGUCUCGUAUAGCUGAAAGCAGUAAACUUCACAAGGGGGAUGUAGAUGUGCAGGAUCAGCCAACACGAGGUGGGACUGCGCUUCCCAGUGGAGAAGAAGAUCGUUCGGAAGAUGAGCCUUCAAUAGGAAAAGAAGACGAAAUGAAAGGAGGUAGUGGCGUUUCUUUGACAAGUGAUUUGAGGAAUAAAGAAGGAGCAAAUGGAUUGCAAGGUGAAAAAGGUGAAGUCGGUCAGGAAUCUCUAGCACCUGCCACUCCUCCAGCUAAACCAGCAGCCCAUCCUUCUGACGCUCUAAAAGACCAGGAUCGUGAACAAGGACAUGGUAGUGAAGAGAAGGAUUUGUUACCAGUAGAUAACUCUAAACCUCAGCAGGGUGGAAACCCACAGGAGUCAACAAAUAAGGAACCUCAGGAGCCACGAGAUCCGCAAUCUUCCAGUCAACCCAAUGUGAACCAUGAAGUUCCACAGGCUUCCCAACCUCAACUGCAGGGACCAAUGCCUACAGUCCAAGAAGAGAGUCAGGAGAAGGAGCACAAUGCAGAAAGCCAGAGUGGAUCAAGUGCAAAUACAUCUACUAAUGAUAUUCCAGCAACAGAAUCCUCUUCCACAGCAUCUACUGCAGCUCCUGCCACAUCUUCACAAGAAGACACUGCUGAUAAUGGUGCUACACCCAGUGAGGAAUCAACAACAACCACCACCAUAACAACAACACUUCCUCCUGAACUCACAAACAACAAGAAGGGUGAUGCAGACAGCAGCAGCAGUAUCAGCAGUUCUGUGUGGGUGCGUGUACCACUACUGAUUGUGGUUACACUGGCCUGUAUUCUUGUGUGCUGA